AUGCGAAGCACAGAGGCUUACACCAAAGACACUGAGGCACAGAGAGAAAAAAGGAUCCCUAAGAAUGAAAGAAUAUUGAGAGAACGGUGUGACCAAUGCAAAUGGAACAAUAUUCACGUUAUAGGGGUAUCCCCCACACGGCUGCCCCACCUGGCCCGGCUGCGGGCUGACUGCCUCCCGCCACCCCCAGGGGCCGCCCUGUACGGCCGCCUCAAGGGGUACCUGCUCACCGAGGACCAGCUCAAGGAGAACGGUUACCCGUUCCCGCACCCGGGGCGGCCAGGCGGUGCCCUCGUCUUCACGGCUGAGGAGAAGCAGCCCAAGGACUGUGAGUCGCGGCCGCGUCGGGGGCCAGCAUGGGUGCGGUGCGCGUGGAGCUGCGGCCCCCUGCUGCCUGCCGUCCCGGCCCCCACAGCCUCCUGCAGGAUCUGCUGCCGCUGUGGCACUGAGCACCUCUUGUCGCCCUCGGGCCGCUGCGUGCGGGACGAGGAGUGUUCCUACCACUGGGGGCGGCUCCGACGGAACCGAGUGGCCGGUGGCUGGGAGACCCAGUACCUGUGCUGCUCAGCCGCCGUUGGCUCCACCGGCUGCCAGGUCGCCAAGCAACACGUGCUGGAUGGCCGGAAGGAAAACCUCGAAGGCUUCGUGAAGACCUUCGAUAAAGAGCUUUCAGAAGGUGCCCAUCCAGGAAUAUUCGCCCUCGACUGUGAAAUGUCCUACACCACCUACGGCCUGGAGCUGACGCGCGUCACAGUGGUGGACACGGACAUGCACGUCGUUUACGACACCUUCGUCAAGCCAGACAAUGAGAUCGUGGACUACAACACCAGGUUUUCAGGGGUGACUGAGGCUGACCUUGCCGAUACGAGCAUCUCUCUCCGGGACGUCCAGGCUGUCCUGCUGAGCAUGUUCAGCGCUGACACCAUCCUCAUCGGACACAGCCUGGAGAGCGACCUGCUGGCCUUGAAGGUCAUCCACAGCACCGUGGUGGACACGGCUGUGCUCUUCCCACACCGCCUGGGCCUGCCGUACAAGCGCUCCCUGAGGACCCUCAUGGCCGACUACCUCAGACAGAUCAUCCAGGACAGCGUGGACGGGCACAGCUCCAGUGAGGAUGCCAGCGCUUGCAUGCACCUGGUGAUCUGGAAGAUCCGAGAAGACGCCAAGACCAAGCGGUGACCGCCGCCCACCUCCCCCGGGGCUCCGACCCGCCCUCUGCCCCAGGCCUCUUCCAAACAGUGCAAUAAACCUCGGGAGCUGACCGGGUCCGUCGCUGAGACUGGAGACCGAGAGCGGGCAAGCAGCAGCACGAGAGCCGCCGGAGUCCCCGCCGCCCCGCUCAGCCCCGCCCCCUCCGCCCUGGACCCCUGCCCUCCAGGCUGCUGCUGCCGCGAGGGCCGCCGCGUCCCCCAGCGAGACCACCUGCUCCCACCCCCACCUCCAGGGCCGUGCAGGUUUGAGACGGGGUUGUCCUUUUUUAUUUUGUAUUUUUAUUCUCUUUAAUUUAAGCCUGAUGACUUGCACAGUUGUCUUUCCCACCUGGAGCAGCAGGACCCUGGUGCUGCCUGCCUUCCUGGGCCGGGCUUGGUCAGCCGGCUGGGCCCAGGAGUCCCCUUCCCUGGCGCAGCCUACCUGGACUGCAGGACCUCUGGGAACCAAGCCAGCCCCCCCACCCUCCCCCCAGGCCUCACCGGAGCCCCUGCCCUUUUCCCGAGGCUGUGUGUAAAGGCCCACAGCCCAGUGCCCUGACCCCCUCCCCCAGCCCCAACAGGGACAGAAUAAAUGUUUGUAUGGACUUUA